AUGUUUAUCUUCGCUUAUAUUCGAAGUAAAACUGCAUCUAUACAAAAAGAGAAUAACAAAGAUGAGUUCAGGAAAAAAUGUCUAGCACUGAAUACUCAUGUAAUUAGUAGAAUUCCUCGAAUACAAUAUAUUGAUCAAAAUAGAUGGAAAGGAGCAUUAAGGACUUUUUACGGUAAUUACCAUGAAGUACUAACCAAAUAUGGAGGAUGCCCUAUGAUUUUAGAUGAGCAUGAUAAAGAACUUUUAGUUCAUUUUAAUAAUAAGAAGGUUCAGUUAUACAAAAAUUGCCGAAGAAAAGAACAUUUAUCCCAAUUUCCAACAAAAAAAUGCAACAUACUCGAAUCCGAAACAUUUCAAGGAAUUAAUACAUGCUUAGUGUCUGAUAUAAUUUUAAGAGAAGAAAAGACACCUGAAAAACUAAAUGAAGUUUCGAAAGAGUCAGAAAGUGAAUAUAACGCUCGAGAAUCCGCUAAACCUCAAAAUCAAGAUCUAUCUCAAGGAGAAGAAUCUCCCAAAGCGGAAGCUUCACCUUUAGAGAUAUCUCCACAUCAAACAGAAACUGAAAGUUCAAUUAGCCGAGAUGGAACUACAGAAAGUGAAGUUACAGCACCUUCACAGUCUGUAGAAUUAAAAAUUACUACAGAUAAUAACUAUGUAGAUUCAAAAAGAGAAGAAUCUCCUAGAUUACAACCUUCAAUUCCAGAAGAUUCAGGAGCACUUCCUAAUCCUAAAAUUAUUUCGACCCAUACUGUUUCACCAAAUUUUGGCCUAAUUUCUACUGAUCAUUCUUCACACUCUACAACCACAGUGCGUAUUAAUAAGUCUGUUAAAAAAAAAAAAAAAGGUAAAAAAAAGACAAAUGAACUUUUUGAGAAUUCUAAUACCAUCGCAUUGGGGGGAAAAAGUGAGUUUUUAACACAUGAUAAUUUAGAACACCCAAUAUAUGAUGAUGAAGAAAUCAUAAAAAAAAUUAAAAUAAAUGAACUUACAAAAAAUGUAUACUUAUCAAAACGAAAAAAAGACAGAUCCAAAACCAUAAUAGAAGUACAUAUGGAAGUACUUGAAGAAUGCAGAAAUGAAGAUUGGGAAAACAACAAAGAAGCAUUCUUAAAAAUUUGUCUAGAUGAGUUCACAAAAAAGGAUUAUAGAACCUAUCCUAAUUUAACAUAUAAUGAUCUAAUAACAGAAAAUAUUAAAAGUAGCAAUGAUAUUGAAAAACAAAAUAUUCUAUGGAAUAAAUGGGUAGAAAGACAUAGAUAUCUUUUUGCAAAAUUGAAAAAAGAAGACUGGGAAUCAUUUUUGGAUAUAUCCAUAAAUGAAUGGAAGACAAAAAAAUAUUCAGGUAACAAACAAGAAAUUACAGAAAAUACAAUAGAAUAUAUCAACAGUGAUAUAGAAAAUAAAAGAAAUAAUAAAUUCCAUACUCAUAUAGGGAAGGACGGUUUCAGAAAUGAGAUAGAAGACUGGAUAGGAGAAGAUAACUUAUAUGCAAGUUCUAUAAUUAAUAAUGGGACAGUCGAAAAAUCCAUUGAUAUAGCAGAAAAACACAUUUCAUAA